AUGCCUUCUCUCCGCAGCAUUCUUGUUUGCCUAAUGGCUACCUCUACAACCGUCUACGCCGAGCGCUUGAAGGUGGUCUGGUCGAGUGGAGACUUUUCAACGAUUUCCGGUCCUGCCGGCGGCAACACGAACGGCCACUACAAAGGCUUUGCGAUUCUAAAUGAGGCUGGUGAGGCUGUUUACGACCAGGCCUAUCCUGAUAACCACUCUCCCUGUUAUAACACUGGCGACGGCCGCGAGUUCACCAUUGAGGGCGACUGCUGGGCAACCCCACGCAAGUUUAAGUGCAAGUCAGACUUUGGAGGCCACCCUGACACCUGCGAGGUCAAGGACGGUGAUGGAAACAGCCUCGGUAGCGCCAAAGGACAGACGGAUACAACUUUCAUUGGCAUCGCUAUUGGUCAGGAUGCGAGCUGUGUCGUUGAAUUUGAUUCCGACAGCGACGGUUGCCCUGUUGAUGACGGCAACGGCCCUCUUCACGUUACCUCGGGUUAA